AAAUAACACAGGGAUCUAAACCACUUCCGACGACUGUAAAAUAUUUCAUUUAUGCUGAUCUUUGCCUUCCUUUGUCCUCUUUGCCUUGCUUUGUUCCUUUGUCCUCUUACACCAUUUCUCUCAACUUUUUCGUUGGGAUUCUUGAAAAUUUUGUCUUUGUUGAAUGUGUCGUAUGAUGUCUUUUUAUUGGUUUACACAGUCCACUGAAUUGGAAAAGCUGCCUUUGCUGUCAGUAAAUUCCACUAAAAAUCAUACCUUUCAAGUUUAUCAUACCUUUCAAGUUUAACUUACCAAAUUAUUGCGUCCCAAUGAACAGAAGUUACACCUUUCAGUAUGUUAUUCACAAAAAAACAGAGUUAAACAAGAGAUAUAUACUUGGCUUCCAUGAAAAUCCCUCCAAAGAAACCUCAUUUUUUCAAACCAAUUCUGCCUGGUUUCAAGAAUGGUCUUAAAAUUCCUGUUGGUUUCUUGAAGUAUCUAAAGGGACAUGACCAUAUUGAAAAUGCAAUAUUGAGAAGGGAUGGUAAGAAGUGGUUGGUCAAGCUGAAUGACUAUCGAUUCGAAGCGGGUUGGUCUGAUUUUGCAGAACAUCAUGAUUUGCAAUUGGGAGAUAUGUUGGUGUUCAGACAUGAAGGAAAUAUGGAGUUUGAGGUUGUUAUAUUCGAUUCAAGUCAUUGUGAUAGAGAAUAUGUAGAGUAUCUGCAACAACAAGAAGAAGCCAAUAAUGUUGAAUUCAAAGGAGCAACAAACAUUAGGAAAAAGCCCUCAAACAUGAUUCCUCUCAAUGCACAAGUAUCUACUCCAACUUCCGGUGACGAUGAUCCUCCGUAUUUUGUUGCAAUCAUUAAACCUUAUUGCAUCAGCAAGCCAGUUUUGUAUUUUCCACGACAUUUUGCAAAGUCAAGUGGGUUGAUGAAUAGAAAGUGUGAGAUGAUUCUGAAAGAUGAAGCACAGAGAUCUUGGUCAGUACGAUUAGGGCCGCUAGCGGGUAGACGUCAUUUUGGAAUUACAAGUGGAUGGGCAAAAUUCAGAGCAGCAAAAGGUCUCCAAGUUGGAGAUGCUUACAAAUUUGAACUCAUCAAGAAUGAGAAAAUACCUAUAGCUCACUUCCAUUGCAGAUAUUCUGGAAUAGGGGAGGAACAUUGAAGCAACUUGACUUUUGGUUAAUUUUGUUGAUCCAAUAUAUGUGCAUAACCUCAAAAAGUAUGUAUAAUGUUUUCUUAUAAAAAUUUCCAUGUAAGGUAAGUAAAUGUCUGAAAACUACUACUCCUAAAAAGACUUGGAAGUAAUGACUGGCCUAGCCAGCUUUUGUUCCAGGUCCCAAUUACUCAGUAAUAGUAUGUCUUGGUUCUGGUUGUAUAAACUAUGUGGAAUAUUUGCGCUGUAUGACUUUUUCUUUAAGGUUGCUCUUUAAAGUUUGUCCUUA